AUAACAAUAAAUCACAACGCAACGACGCAAAGGAUACAACAACACAACAACCAACCAUCAUGAUGUCGUCGCAAGAGAAGCAAACGAAGUCUCCACGUGCUAGAGCCGAAGCAAGAGCCGAGGCGAAGGCCGAUAAUGAUUUAAGCUUUGGUUCCGAGCCCGAAUUCCUUAAAAAUAACAACGAAUUCGAGCACCACGCAGCUUGUCUUCUAAACAAUCCUCUUACCGACCCCGCUUUCGACGACAAUACCGAAAACGAAGACGAAAUGAACGCAAAGCAAGUGAUGGACGCUUUCAUGGAAGCUCAAAAGAGAUGGUUCUUCUUCAUCGUUGCGCUGGUCUUCGGUUUACUCUUCCUCCUCGCUGCGCUAGUUCUGGGCUGGGGACAUGCUAGAUACCGCUAUUAAACCUGUCAAGUUCGUCACUUCGUCCCUCGACACAGCACUACCGGUCCUUUCGAUGGUAGUAUCAAAGAUAAUAUCGGGUGGUAACAAGGUGGUAACAAGACAAGGCAAAGCAUGGUCUGGCGUUUGGAAUUCUGAGUAUCGAUGGCAUUAGUGGGCUAGCUAGGUGAAUGGAUAGAUGCGGCAUAUGCAAUACACAGACCAGUGCGCCCAUAGUCCCAAAAGCAGCCCCAGACCAUAAC